AUGUUGGAAAAGGUCUCUUUCCUCCUCCUGUCAUUUACUUUGGCAGAACAACUAUGUAAACCAGGUGAUCCUGAUGGCUACAAAGUUCGACUCAGCAUCAAAACUGCUCUGGGAGAGAAUGCUUAUGUCUGGAAUGACAAUGAAAUGUUCCUUUUCCGAGCGACUCUGGCUUUUGCCAUGACGAAACAAUUCGACGGGCAGCAAUUUGAAGUGUCAGACAUCAUUGUGUGUAAUCAGACUGCCAGAGUGUCCUUCUGGUUUGUGGUGACGUAUCCACAUAACAAAACACUAGUUGACAAACAAGUUGUGGAGCGGGCUGUGAGAAAGUCCAGGAAUCGCAUCAACAGCGCCUUCCUGCUAAGUGAUACGACUCUGGAGUUUAUCGGCAUCCCUCCCACCCUGGCAACACCAGUCAACCCCUCCACACCAACAUGGCUCAUUGUGUUUGGGGUGGUCAUGGGGGCUGUGUGUGCUGGCAUCAUCGUUGUGCUUGUGGUCUCUCUAGUCCAAAGGAAACGCAAAAAGAAUGAGACAAAUGAAGACACUCAGGUGAAAACAGUGGAAAAUGGUGCUGCCAGAGAUGGAGUUUACUACAUGUCAUUCUCAGAGGAUGAAUCAUCAGUCACACAGAUGUGAUAAGCUUUGAUUACAACUCUUCUGCAAAAGCAAUAGGAUGGGGAAAUGUUAUUAAGCUGCAUUCAGGUGGACUGUUUUUGUGCUGUAAAAAAUGGAUUAGCAAAAUCAUUUUGAAGUUGUACUUUGUUAUUGCAUUACUUAUUUUUCAACAACUGCUAGCCUAUAGUUUAGUUGCUUAGUAUAUUUAAUCUGCCUUUUCUUUUUCAAACUUUUGACUGAAGUUCCUAAUCUGCUGUCAGUAGAUCCUUUUGCUAUUUGUUUGCUGUCAUCUUCUUUCUUUGUUCCUGACUGCACAGUGACAGUGAAAAACCCCUAGGGUCAGGGGUUCAAGUGCACAAAAAAUUUAAGGUGUGUACCUUAAAUUAAACCACAUUGGAGUAAUGAUUUUCAUAAUAUGUCCAAACUGAAGAAUAGAUUGCAAUUAGCAAUUGCAAAAAUUAUGGAAAAUAUAAUAAGCGAUGUGCACUGUUCACCGAAUAUUCCUUAUUUCUGAACCAUUAGUUGAAACAUUAACAUAAUGUUACUGUAGCUUUUUUCUUCUGUUAGGGUGAGGAAUAACAUGAUGGUAGGAGCUACUGCAGGCUGGUCUCUGGAGGUGUAACAUUCAGCCACUGAUAAAGAUCCACAUCUAUUCUCUUUCUCAGAACUGACAUACUGAUGAUUGCUGACCUAAUAUGGCAAAAUGUACAUUUACAGUAUGAUCUAGGCAGGGAGAUAAAAACAAAUCAA